AUGGCAUCUAAAGGUAAAUAUUUAAAUACUACUCAACGAAAACUUGUUAUAGACUUAGUUAAACAAGGAAAUACUUAUAGAAAAGUUGAAGAACUUACAAAUAUUUCAUUUACAACAGUAGGAGCCAUUGUAAAGAAAUACCAGCAAUAUGAAACAUUUGAAAUUCAUACUGGACGAGGGCGAAAACGGAAGACAAGAAACACAAUCUCACUUACAUCAAUUAGAAAUUGCAUUCAUAAAGCAGGGUUCAGUGGAUGUAUAGCUUGUAAAAAACCAUUUUUAACAAAAAAUCAUAUGAAGAAAAGAAUGAACUGUGCAAAAAAGUAUUAUUUAAUGCCUGUAUCAUUUUGGAAAAAAGUUCUUUGGUCUGAUGAAUCCAAGUUUAACUUAAAAAAAUCUGAUGUUGCACUAAGAGUUUGGCGAAAGAGGGGUGAAGCUUUUCAUUAA